AUGAUCUUCGCCGCCCGUCAACACCAGGAGAAGUGCCAGGAGAUGCGGACCCACCUGUACUCUACCUUCGUAGACCUGACGAAAGCCUUCGACACGGUGAAUCGUGAAGGAUUGUGGAAGAUCAUGCAGAAAUUCGGCUGUCCGGAGCGAUUCACUCAGAUGGUGCGUCAGCUGCACGACGGUAUGAUGGCGCGAGUCAUGGAAAACGGAGCUGUCUCAGAGGCAUUCGCAGCAACUAACGGAGUGAAGCAGGGCUGCGUGCUGGCGCCUACCCUCUUCAGUCUUAUGUUCUCUGCCAUGCUGAUGGACGCCUACCGCGACGAACGCCCCGGGAUCCGCAUCGCCUACAGAACGGACGGUCGUCUGCUGAAUGAACGGCGCAUGAACUUCCAAUCGCACGUAUCCACAACCACCGUCUACGAACUUCUCUUCGCCGACGACUGCGCCCUGAGCACCACCUCGGAAGAGGAGAUGCAACGCAGCAUGGGCCUAUUCUCUGCCGCCUGCGAGAACUCCGGUCUGGUCAUUAAUACGCAGCAGACGGUGGUGAUGCAUCAGCCGCAACCCAACACCGCCACACCCCACAAUGAGCCGCAAAUCAGCGUGAACGGCACCCAACUGCAAGUGGUGGAGAACUUCCUGUACCUGGUCAGUACUCUCUCCCGCAACACCAAGAUCGACGACGAAGUCGCCAACAGGAUCUCGAAAGCCAGUCAAGCCUUCGGUCGCCUCCAAAGCACAGUUUGGAAUCGCCACGGUCUUCAACUGAACACGAAGCUGAAGUUUACAAGGCCGUCAUCCUGCCGACGCAGCUGAAUGGAGCGGAGACCUGGACGGUGUACACAAAGCAGGCAUGCCGUCUGAACCACUUCCACCUCAGUUGUCUUCGUCGCAUCCUGAGACUAAACUGGCAGGAUCGAAUCCCCGACACUGAUGUGCUGGAACGGACGGGAAUCCUCAGCAUCUACGCCGCACUGAGGCAAAUUCAGCUGCGGUGGAGCGGCCACCUGGUGCGCAUGGACGACGAGCGAAUACCUAAACGAAUCUUCUACGGAGACGUCGCGACGGGUUCUCGCCGUCAAGGAGGCCAGUUUCGUCGUUACAAUGAUACUCUGAAGUCCACCCUGAAGCGUCUGCAAAUCAACCCCACCAACUGGGAGGAGGUCGCACUCGAUCGACCGACCUGGAGGAGGACAGUGAAGACAGGCGCUGCGAUAUAUGAAGCCAAUCGCAUCGCUGCCGCCAAAGCGAAACGUGAAGCCCGCAAGUCCCAACUGCGCCCAGUACGCAACGCCGCCGCACAACCGCUUCCAACGUGUCCUCGAUGUCAACGGACAUUCGGGGGUCGAAUCGGACUUGUUGGGCAUCUACGGAUCAACUGCGCCUCUCGAGCUGGCCCAACCAUCGUCCCCCCGAGCGCCUCUUCCUCGUCCUCCCCGCCGCUAACUACCUCUGACAAUUCAUCGGAACCACCACUUCCAUCCUCCUUCUUCUUCUUCUCCUCCUCCUCCUCCUCCUACACCUCUGCCCCAACGGCGGCUGCUCAGGCGGCCGUCUCGCACAUCACCAACUGCGACACAACAACAGACACCACCCCCACCUCUCCCGACUCCAGCGAUGAGGACCAGGACUACACCUGCCGUCACUGCGACCGCACCUUCACCUCACGGAUCGGCCUUAUCGGUCACUUGCGAAUCCAUCGCACAGAGACUGGCGAACCAGUGCCUGGAGCACCAACCAAUACCCAUCAAGCUCGUCUCAACUGCCCACACUGCCCUCGCACCUUCAGACAUCGCAUGGGCCUAUUCGGCCACAUGCGCAUCCAAGACGACCUCCGGUAA